GUAAACCUAGAGAAAGUAGGAAUGUGAUACGGUAGAUCAUUCAUGUGCAAGCACUGCAGAUUUCGCCAUGGCUGUCUGAUUCGCUAGAGGUGGUAGCGAUCUGCCUAAUCCGCUUUUUUGACGCGCAAUGGACUGUUUCUCCUGUAGGCUGUAGGGUUUGUCAGAGUUGGGAAGGGGCAUGCUGAUCGCAGGGGCCGCAAAGGGGCUGCUGGUUGCCUAUACUUCAUCUCCUGAUGGCCACCGAAGCUGCUUGUCGUAGUAGUCAUCUCUUGGGUCUAUCGAAAAGCGUCAACCACCACAAAAGCGAUUGGCAUGAUGUGGCUGCCCCCAUUCGCCAUGCGAUCACAUUGCUGUGCGAAACGCUCCAUGAACAGAUGGCGGGCAUGCAGCGUGUGGAGUCGGAGCUGGCUCGCCUGCGCCUCCAGGUGGGCAGCACGGAGCACUCGCAGGCCGCGCUGGAGGCCACGGUGCAGGGCCAGCUGGACGCCUGCGUGCACCACGUCGAGAAGCGCCUCUUCAAGGCAGCCCAAGCCAAGGUACCCCUAGAUGAGCUGGAGGGGUGCAUCCAGGCAGUGCGGGACAGAGUGGAGCACAUUGUGAGUGAGGGCCUGGCCGCCACGGUGGGGCCCCUCCAGGAGCAGCUCACCGCAGACAGCCAGCACACCGCACAGCUGUGUGUGCGCCUGGACGCGCUGGACGCACAGCAAAAGAAGGUGGUGUUGCGGCUGGCCAAACAUCAGAAGCACAUUGGUGCCAGUGAGCUGGCAGUUGAAAACCUGCAAGCAAGGAUGGCCGGGGCGGAGGAGGCUGCUCUGCGCACCAGCGACGCGGUGAGUUCUGCGCAGGCGUGUGUGGUGGAGGUGGGGCGGCAGUGGGACGCUGCGUCGCGGGAGCAUGCGGCGCUGCGGCAGCGGCUGGACCAGCUGGCCACGAGCACGGAGGAGCAGGUGCGCCAGGCUACCACCUCUACCACCGCCCGCUUGGAGGCUGUCGAAGCCCGCACGGCCGGAAUUGACCAAGGGGAGCAUCGGCUCGAAGACAAGCUAGGGGCAUUCGCAGCGGGACAGGAACGGCUAGAGAGGGAACUACGGGCGGGGCAGGAGAGACUGGAGAAGCAAGUCCGGGCGGGGCAGGAGCGAUUCGAAAAGGAGGCGCGCGCAGGGCAGGAAAGGUUGGAGAAAGGGGUGAAAGGGCUUGAAGAUCUGAGGGUUCGAGUUGCGGGGCUUGAGCGGGCUCAGGAGGACGCGGCAGCAGAAAGGGGAGCGGCAGGAGACGAGCUCAGGGGGCACUUGCAAACACUGGAAAGCAAGACGGCCAAAGACAUAGACAAGCAGGCUGCGCGUCUCAACGUACUCGAAGCUAGUGUCUCGGCAACCCCUCGCCUCAUCCAGGAUGCGAACGAGGCGGCUGUGGCAGGCCUCGUUGCGCAAGUGAGCAGCCUGGGGCGGGCUGCCGAAGAGGCGGCGAGCCGGGCGGGCCGAGCUGAUGACAAGGCCCGGGAGGCGAUGGGGGCCGCCUCGCAGAACCAGACGGCCAUUACGGGGAUGGCUGCAACCUUCACGCAACUGACACGGCAGGUCGAAGGCGUCGAACAAAAGGCGGAAGAGGCGAAGGGUCGGCUGGACAUGCUCGAAGAAAAGCAGCACAAGCUGACUCUGAGCGUGCACACGGCCGUGGCGGAGCAGAUGGCGCACGUGCCCACCACAACCCACGUGGAGCGCUUACUGGCUGACCAGGGCGAGCAGCUGGCGGCGGGCUGGCGCGCAGCGCAGGAUGCGGCGCAGGCGGACGGGACCCGACGAGACGCGGAGCUGCGCCAGCUGCAGGCCCAAUGCGACGCGCUGCAAAAAGUGGCGGACCAACUCAAGGCUGGGCUGGCGAUGGCCGUCACUCCCGCCGCUCUUGAUGCCGCGUUGGCUGGCGUGUCUGGUCCCUUGAAUAAGGAGCUGCAGCAGGAGCGCGCGGCGUCGGCCGUGGUCGCCCAGCGCGUGUCGGACGUGGAGGCCAGGCUGCAACAGCAACUGCUGCAGCUGCGCCAGGACGGGGACCAGCUCAAGACGGGUGUGGCGGGGGCGGUGACGGCCGCAACCCUGGAGGCGGCUCUCGGCAAGGCGACCGCCGCUCUGAACAAGGAGCUCGAGACGGAGCGCGCUGGCUCGGCCGACCUCACGCGGCGCCUGGGAACGCUGGAGGGCAAGCUGGAGGCGGCGCGGAAGGAGUCUCUGGAGACGCUGGAUACGCGCGUGUCCGCCGCGCAGAGCGCGAGCGAGAAGCAGGCCGCCGAGCUGGUCGACGCGCAAGUGGGCGCGCUGCGGCAACAAUUGACCGACCUGACAGCGAAGAUAUCGACUGAGGUGGCGGGCGUGCGGGAGGGGCUGCAGGAGCAGAUCGACCACCGGUGCCAGGAACUGGCGGGCAACUGCCGCGCGCGCGCGGCGGAGCAGGCGACGAAGCUGGAGGAGCAGGCCAAGCAGAUGGAGCCCGUGCUGCUCAAGCUCACCGGCCAAAUGGAGAGCAUCCAACGGCUCUGCCGCCAAGAGCUGCAGAGCGUGCGCGUGGCGCUCGAGAGCAAGGCCUCGACGGACCAGAUGAUGGAGCUCAAGACGGUGCUCAGCGAGGUCGACAAGCUGCGGUCGCAGGUGAACUCGGGGACGAGCACGCCUCGGAGGUCUGUCGUGGGCAGCUCACUGAGGCCGACCACCUGGAAAGCAUGAGGGGCUGCAGGCGGGCCACCGGACGAGCUGCUCAGCCGUGCGCGCGAGCAGUGCUGUUUCCUCACUUAAGAAACUGAUCUCGAGAUUGGGGAGGUUCUGCUGACUUUAGGGUUUUAGGGAGGCACUGUUUGAUUCUCGUCCCUUAAAAAAUCCUCACAUAUAGGCCCGGCAGGGCUAGAUCAUUAUGCUGCGAGCUCUCUGGGGCGAAGCACGCCCUGUCCCGAUCAACGAUCAUUGAAGUCCAGCUGCAGCUAGGGUAUGAUAGUAUGACAAGCCGAAUCUCAGAAAUAAUCUGCAUGCAGACAUACAGACCUACAGCAUACCUAAGGCCCCUCCAGACGGAUCUGCGCUUGCGGGUGCCUUUCUUGCAUGGCCAGCAUUGCUUGAUCAGCUAGUCAUCUCAUAAAGACCGCCUAGAUAUGAACGUACAACACAAGAGGCUGAAGUUAGGUAGAAGGAUAUGCAGCUUGAUAGCACGCACCCAGUGAAUGUGCGCGCCCGCUGUACACUCGUAUUCAGUUGGGUCGGAAAACAAAGUCUUCG